AUGUCUACCACAACAGUAAAUAUCGUACGAAUACCAGCAACGAAAGAAAAUGCUGAAGAUGAAAUCUUAGAAUGCCUUCGACGAGAUGGUGUGGCUAUUGUUACUGGAAUGUAUGCGAUGAGUCAUAUUGAACAAGUGCAAAAUGAUCUAGCUCCGCAUUUUGAGUCCGAUGUUGUCGAUAAAUCAGGCUUUUUUCCUUCGACCACGCAACGGGCCACGGGUCUCUUUGCUAUUUCACGUGCUUGUGUCGACUUGGCCAUGCAUCCUUUACUUUUGGCUGUGGCCAAUCGAUUACUCACAUCAACAUAUUCUUUUUGCCAAGGUACGCAGAAGAAAACUGUUCAAUCCAAACCAAUCAUUUCAUCCACUGUCGGUUUUCGCGUUAAUCCUGGCGGUCAACAACAAGAGCUUCAUCGUGAUGAUAAUGACUUUCAUACGCGACCCUGUGAUUGGCCAAUGAUGAUAGGCUGCGUAAUUGCCCUAACUCGGACUCACAAGAAUAAUGGAGCGACUAUAGUGAUUCCUCGUUCACAUUUGUGGGAAGACGAAGAUCGAGUACCACUAGUAGAAGAAGCUGUACCCGCCGAAUUAGAGCCCGGUGAUGCGACUAUUUUUGUUGGAAAUUUAUAUCAUGCUGGAGGAUCUAAUAUAACUCUAGAUGAGCGGCGGGAAACAGCAGGUAUAUUCAUGGCUAAAGGGUUUUAUCGACAAGCCGAAAAUGAAUACCUGAUGGUACCACCUGAACGAUGCAAAGAACUUCAAUUGACUCCAGCAGAAUUACGUGUGCUUGGCUAUGGACUCUCGCAACCAGCUUGCGGAUUUGUCAAAUACAAAGAUCCCAUGGAGUCUGUUUUCGGAAUAAUAGAUGAUGAGACGGUUUCGAUGUAG